AUGCUUCGUACAGAAGCUGCUGCUGCCGCAGCUGCUGAUGAGGCAACCCAUCCACUAGCAGCAACCGCUGCAGUAGGACCCGUUGCAGCAGCACCUGUUGCAGCGAUAUCCGAAGCCACAAGGGUCAUCGAAGCAGCAGCAACCGAAAGGGGAAGGGAGGCAGCAACUGAAGCUGCAAGAGAGGAAACAACGGCAGCAGGGGCAGCAGAUUCAGUUGCACCCGAAAGACGAGCAGCAACAGCAGCAACAGAAGAGGCAGCAGCUGAUUCAGCAUCAGUAGAAUCAGCAACAUCACCAGCGGCAACAGCAACAGAAGCAGUAGCACUAGCAGCAACAGACACACCAGACGCAACAACAAAAGUUACAGCAGCAGCAACAACAGAUGCAUUGGACGUUUCUGACAUGCCUCGAGCUGCUGGCGGGUGCUGCAGAGGCGCCUUGGUUGAAGAGGGGGCAGCAUCGCGCGAUCAUCAGCAGCAGCUGCCGCAACAGCAGCAACUAACGCAGCAGCAGCACCUACAGCCGCAAAGGCAACAACUACAGCAGCAGCACCUGGUCCAGCAGCUACAGCAGCAGCAACAACAACAACAGCUCCUGCAGUUGCAGCUGCAGCAGCCGGUACAGGAGCUGCAGCAGCAGUUGCAGCAGCAGUUGCAACAACAACAGCAGCUGUGGUGGCCGUCGUUGUCUUUGUCCCGUUCUGUCUCCCUGUCUUCUCCUCCAUUGUACCGGCCUGCAGCAGCAGCAAGAGCAUCACCUGCAACAGCUGUUACAGCCACGCAAUCAACAACAGCUACACAAACAGCAACAACUGCAGCAGCAACAACAAAUACUACAGCAGUAGCAACAUCUACCACUGCAUCAACAACUGCACCAACUGCAGGAGCAGCAACAGCAGAAGCAAAGGAAGCAGCAGUAGCAGCAAUAGUAAUGACACCGACAACUCCAGCAGCAGUAGCGGCAGCGGUAGGAGAAGCAGCAACAGCAGCUACUGCAGCAGCAACAACACCAGGUACAGGAGCGCCACAAGCAAUGGCUUCUGCAGCCACAGGUGGCACAGCAGCCUCAUCAGAAGCACCAACAUCAUUACCGUCCUCAGCAGUAGGAGCAGCAGCGGGAGCAGCAGAAGGAGCAGUAGCAGGCGCAACAGCAGGAGCAGGGGCUGAGGAGGGGUUUUCUACUUUUGUAUUAGAGGAGGAAAAGAGUAAUGAAGAAGAUACUCCCUCUUUUGCUGAUUUAUUACUUUACUUAAACGCAUUGCCAACAAAAGAUGAAACAAAAGCGGCAGCACUUCUAUCCGGGAAAGCUGCUGCUACUCCUCCUUGUAAAUUCCAAUAA